GAGCUGAACACACAAGCACCGACAGGUGUUCAUAAUUGCAGAGCAGCAGGUGUUGAACACGGCGACAGAGGACAACAUCCCCUUUGGGUGAAAAUAUCGCAUUUAAAAACCAGAUUUAGUUUGAUUUUUACGCAAAACAGUACAGCAAUGAUCCUAAUCGGCUUGAAGCUGAGCGUGGUGCUUCUCCUCGGCUUCACGCGCCACCAUGUUGAGGGAGUCUGCAGUGUGGAGCAUUGCACUAACCCCACAAACUGUGUUCUGUCUAAAGACCAAAGAAGCUGCAAAUGUACCACCGGAUAUUAUUCUGACCUAUGUGACAAAAAUGCACACAUCAGAGUCAUGUGCAGCAGAGACUACAUAGCAAUCAGAGCGAUAGAAGACUUCUUCAUGUAUCACAAUGUGCCGCUGGAGUCCCUCCACUUGCCCAACAAAUCUUGUCGCGCUCAGAGAGAGGUCAUCGACGGUGUGUCGUACUACAUGUCCAGGAUAUCUAAAGACCAAUAUCUAACCUGCGGAGGCAAGCCGCUGGAGAAAAACUUAACUCACAUCUCCUAUUCCCUGAGUCUACUGUCAGACCCUCAGGUUGUUGGAAACAUCAUCAGAGAGCCAGUCAUUAAGCUGGAGUACACGUGCGUCUCUCCAUACAUCAGAAGAGUCAGCCUGCCUUUCCCAGUCGUCCCCUUUUCCACUGAGACGGUGAUGCGCGUAGAUGACCUUGACGCAACGAUAAAGAUGAUGUUGUACACAGACCACUCCUACACUAAGGCCUACAGUAGCGCCCCCACCAUUGAACUCCGAGACAAGGUGUAUGUGGAGGUGACGGUCACAGAGCCUGCAGACUUCUUCCUGCUCCAGAUUAACGAGUGUUGGGCCACACAGUCUCCCCAGGCGAACGCCACAGAGGGAUUGGUUCACGCUCUGCUUCUGAACGGGUGUGCGAACGACCAAACGGUUUCCUUCCUCAAUGUGAGCGCAGGACAGUCAGGCCGUAAUGGAGGAAGUUCCACCAUCCGAUACAGCUUCGACAUGUUUCGCUUCACGGCAGAACCUCACGAGCUCUAUCUGCACUGCACUGUACAGCUGUGCGAGCCAGACGACCACAAGUCCUGCACACCUAACUGCAAUUCAAUCAGUAAGAGAGAGGCAGUGAGAGCAGACCCCACCCAGGGCGUCCUGUCCUAUGGGCCAAUCAGGAUCGAAAUGCCAGACAGCCCUCAAUCCAGCAUACUGACGAGUGUGUUGCUGCCUGUAGCGGCCGUCUGGACCGUGGGCUUCUUCCUCAUCAUCCUCAUCACUGUGGCCAAGGCACGCAGCAGGAGGCUUGCACAAAUGGCAAAGCACUGACAAUGAUACUGCUGUUAGCAGCUUUAAUAAAAACUUUUUUUUUUUUUUUUUU